UGUCGUGACGUCACUUUUUGCAGCGUCGUGACGUCACCCGGGCACAGCCUGAGAGGGAGGUGAGAGGCUGACAGCGGGGUAAGAAACCACCAGCGGGUCCCAGGUUUCCACGGUGCCCCGCACGUUUCUCCCAGGGAGGGAGGAGCGUCGCCUCGCUGGGUGACGGGCGGGGACGAAGGGGGACCCCCGCUGAGACCCCCACCCUGGAGAGGUUGGGGUCCUCGGGUACCCCAGGUCCCUGUCCCUUCUCCAAAGAGCAGGACAGGAUUGAUGGGUGGCGGGGAAUGUGCCUGGGUCACUCGUCCACAGGGGUCCCGGGCGGUGCCGUCCCUGCACCCACCAGCCACGGCAGGAGAGGGAUGGAGCGAGCUGGUGGUGGGGACGAGCCCAGGAGGGAUGGAGGGGAGGAUGGAGAGGGAAACGGGCAGGACGAGAAGAACUGGAGGGCUGGAGGGAUGAGUCGGGUGGAUAAGACUAGAGGCAGUUAAGGAAGGGUGGGAAGGAGAGAGGGAGAAAGAGAGGAACGAGAGACGGCGGAGUUGGAAGCGGGGAGGGAUGUCAGCGCGGAGAUGGGGGUGGAGGGGAGGGAGGAUGGAGAUAGGGACGGAGGGCUGGGAAGAGGGAUGGGGAGAAGAGGGGAGGGGGCUGCCGGAGAGGGGGGUGCCCGGGGCGGUGCUCGGGGCCGCUGUACAAAUAGGGCGGCUGCGGGUGGCCCGGGCAGACAUGCGGGUCCCGCUCCGCUCCGCGCCCGCGCUGGCGCUCUGCGCCCUCGCCCUGCUCCGCCUGGGCUGCGCAUCCUCCAGGGCACCCACCUGGGCACCGACAGGAGCAUCCCCCCGAGUACCCACCCGGGCGCCCACCCUGUCCCCGGCCCGCGCCCCGCCGCGCUGCCCCCCGCUGAUGCUGCAGCUGCUCCGCGCCCCUCCCGCCCCGCUCCGCGCCGCCGCCGCCGCCGCCCUCAGUCUCUCCCCGCACGGCUCCCUGCAGAACGGCUCCCGCUGGGCGCUCUCCUUCGACAUGUCCUCCCUGUCCAGCAGCCAGGAGGUGAGUCUGGCCCAGCUCCGCAUCCGCCCGCCCGGGCUCUCCCACUCCCACAACGUCUCCCUGGACAUCUACCACAGCCAGCGGCGCAGGUGCCGGGGCCACGGGACCUGCGCCCACCAGCUCUUCCUGGGCACCGUGGCUGGCAGCCCCUCUGCCACCCAGGCCUCCUGGGAAGUCUUCGAGGUCACCAACCUGCUCCGGUCCUGGCUGCACCAAGCCGUGGUCCCCGGGCACCACAAUCCCAUGGGAAAGGAACGGUGGGAGAUGAACAGCUCGGAUGUCCCGGCCACCAGUGCAGUGCACUCGCCCACCCUGAGCGACGCUGGCCACGGGGAGCCAGCCCUGCCUCAGGACGUGGCAGACAGAGUCCUGCUGCUCGUCUUCUCCACGGACAAGUCUCCAGGAGACCACAGCCUCAUCAGGACAGCGGAGACCUCCAAGUACAUCAUGCGUGACAGCGGCUCCCAGGGCGAGGGGACGCGCCGGCACCGCAGGAACAGGAUGGAGAAGCAAAGGAUCAAAGCGAGCGACGCUGCUCCGGCCACGCCGCGGGAGGAGGGCAGGGCCCUGUGCAGGCGGGUGGACAUGAUGGUGGAUUUCGAGCAGACGGGCUGGGGCAGCUGGAUCGUCUACCCCAAAAAGUACAACGCCUACCGGUGCGAAGGGCUGUGCCCCUCGCCCGUGGACGAGACCUUCAAGCCCACCAACCACGCGUACAUACAGAGUUUGCUGCAGCUCUACAAGCCCAACCAGGUGCCGUGUCCCGCCUGCUCCCCGGUCAGGAUGAGUCCCCUCUCCAUGCUCUACUAUGAGAAGGGCGAGAUCGUCGUCCGCCACCACGAGGACAUGAUCAUCGAGGAGUGUGGCUGCAACUGAGGCCACCUCGUCCCCCGCUGGGAAGGGGCACAUCUCUGCCCAAAAGUGCCCCCAAGGACCGACCACCCGACCUAUGGCCAUCACACAGACCGGGGCAUCUCGAGCCCAUGUGACUGUGGGUCGGCAAAGCCCUGGCUGGGCCAGGGGAGGAGUGGGGAGUGGGGUGCCGGGGUGUUAGCAGUGCUUCAUGGCCACGGUGCAUGGCUGGAUCCAGGCUCCACGCAGGAAAGGCCACCAGCUACCUCCCUGUGGCACCUUAGUGCCCCACACUGUGUUUUUCCAGGAGCUGUGGUGCUGCUGGAAGGUGUGCCUGGGGCAGCCAAGGGCAGAGGCAGGAGCUGAGGUGCAGGACUGGAGCAUGGUAGCAUCACUCCCUGCCACGGCACACUCUGCUCCCUCCGUGAGGCCAUGGAUCUGCUCAAGCCUUUUCCCCCCUCGCUGGAUGGGGUGGUAGAGAAAGGGUCACAGUUGUAAAACUCAUCAAUAAAUUAUAUAUAUCUAUAU